CGUGUUCCGUUCAAAAAACGCGCGGAAACAAAAAACAACGGAAACCUCUUCUGUGGCAUGCGUGGCAUGGGCAACUCCGGCAACGCGUUUCCUGUACAGAUUUACUUGGCCUAAAUAAAUAUCCAAUAUUUUUAUCACCAUUCUGAAUUUGUAACUUCCCUCGACGUAGGUAAUUAUUGUUAAUCCUAAUCUGCAGCCAAAUUGGUGACGAUGCUGCACCGGUCGGCUUAUUUAGCCGAUGCUUUGACUGACGAGAAAAAGCGUCGGGAGAAAGCGGAAGCGUACUGGAAAGCUCCGAUUUCGCUGUACAUGCAAGAAGCGCUCGAAAAGUGUCCCCAGUUGUGUACCAGCGAUAUAUUCGCCUUUCAGGAUUACGUCCGACAACAUCCGCCACAAGCGGUCUAUGACAGGUACAAGAACCAAUCUGGUCUGGAGGAAUUCGAUCCACCCAAAUGUAACGAGCGUGCGGCCAAACUGCGUCAGGCGGGAAAUAAAUGGUAUGGGCAGAAAAACUACAAGGAAGCAUUGAUCAAGUACAAUGAGAGUAUUUGCUGUGCCUGUGCAGAUUCCGAGGAUUUAGGAAUUGGAUUUGCCAAUAGGUCAGCGGUCUUCUACGAUUUGCGAGAAUAUGAAUUUGCCUUGGAAAACAUCAGAUUGGCCCGUCAGAACAACUAUCCGGCCAGACUAUCGUCCAAGUUGGAAGCGCGCGAGCUUAACUGCAGAAUGAGGAUCGAAGCCGAAGGAAGGGAUUUCCGGAAGGCGCUGAAUGUGGAGCUGAACGUAGAAGCUAAUCCUUCCAUUCCUUGUUUGGCGAAAGGUGUCGGAAUAGGGGAAUUUCCACUUUACGGGCGAGGCAUGAAGGCCGAACAGGAUUUUAAAGUUGGAGAUGUCAUUCUUCGGGAAAGUCCAGCAGUAGUAGCCGUUGAUACUAGAUACAAAUUUCAAGCUUGCCAUCACUGUGCAUCCGACAAUGGUUUAUCAUUGAUUCCAUGUCCGCACUGCGUAUCUGUGAUGUACUGCAAUGAAGAAUGCUUGGCGAACGGUUGGAAGGAAUGCCAUCGUUUUGAGUGUGGCAUAAAAGAUAAGCUGAGUAUUGUCCCUUUUGGUACCUACAGUGUCGGGCUGACAUUAAUGUUCUACGGGCUGACACAUUUCAAUGACAGCGUGGACGAUAUGAUGAACUAUUGCAAAGAAAAUGACCGCAGCGGGAGUGAUCCAUUCAGUUUGGACUAUAAUAACCCGUUGGACAUUUUUAAACUGUACCACACCGCAAAGAUUAAAUCACUGUCCCCACUUAUGAACGCUUUGAACCGCUUCGUUACGGCGAUCCUCUAUGACAUCUACCUCAAACAUCCUUUGGUCCGUUCGUUAUUCGUCGGUGAAAAUCAGCGAAACUUUCUGUUGCAAGCCAUGGACGACUACAUGAUUAUGGCUGCCAAAAUGAAUACUGGCAUAAGAAACCCUUCUACAUGCGAGCUGUUCCCACGUGCAUCAAUCUGUAAUCACUCAUGCGAUCCCAACACCCAUGUCGUGUACAGGGCUGGACAGAUUAAAAUCAUCGUGGUACGUCCAAUCAACAAGGGUGAGCAAAUUUGCAUCCCCUACGGAUUCGUUAAGGGCGGCGUCUCCGAAUCUGACCGCUUUGGGCUUAUGGCGACGUUGGAUUUCUGCUGCGUUUGUCAAGUAUGUGCUCCAAACUCAAAGCAAAUGAAGCCGAACAAGGACCAACGCCUGCAGCACCGCUCAUUUUACAGGGAUCUGCGCUUGUUGACCGAAAUACUUGAGAACGAAACUAGCAACAACCUGGAUAUGAUAAACGCAUCGCAGCAAUUCAUUCAACGAUAUGCUAACGGCCUUCUAUCGGGUGAGCCGAAUGAAUUGAUGGCAAAAAUUCUUCUAGACUACCGAGACGUGCUGCAGAAAAUGUUUGUAGCCGACGUUCUGUAUGAGCUACGCCGUAAAUUGAACUGAUCUAUGUACUCUGAGCAGCUUGACUCGUUUUACAUAUGAUAAGCAAAAAUGGAUUUCUUUUUUAAAUAAAUGCUAAUCUGAACUUGAAGAAAACACAAGAGAUUUUCUCACUUCUUUGUGGUU